UUAUGCACACUCAGGCACAAAAGCUUCUUGAGCGGACAUGAACGGACAUGAACUUCCUCUUUCUCAAAUUUUCUCACUCUUAAAUGUGAUGUAAAAUUUAAAUGAAGAUUUUAUAUUUUAGACUUUUCUUUUUCAAGUGGAACAUUAAACAUAUUUAUAUAUUCAGACAUUAAUUUUAGAUGAUUUGAGCAGUUUCUUCUGCUUUGAAAUGAGAGACAUCUGCGUAAAGAUACUUCCUGGAAACUUUUUUAAGUGUAAAGGGGGAAGAAGUACAAGAAGAGGAUGAAGAGGAGGAAGAAUCAUUUAACAUCAGAGACACUCGGCAGAGAUCACGGAGGACAGAAGAGACGAGAACAAGAAUAAAGAGGAUAAAUGUUUCCUGUGGACGGAGAGAUCGACUGUCUCCAAUAAACAAAGAUGUUUGUUUUAAUCGUGGCAGCUCUGCUUUUUCCUGUGUGGGGCAGCACUUCAGACUUAGGUUCAUCAGCUGAAGAAAAAAUAUGCCAAUUCCGUAACUUCUGUACCACUCUGAGCGAAGGAGAAAUAACAGCUGAGGCUGGACUCUGUGUUGUGAUACCGUGUUCUUUCACUACUGAUUCUGACUUUACAGCCACAAAUAUAGUCUGGUACAAAUGUGAAGAACCAAAAACAAGAUGUGACCCUUCAGACGUGAUAUUCAGCUCCACUGAGCCCAAUAAUGGAUUUAAGUCUGGGUUUGAAGGCAGAGUGUCACUGUUGGAGUCUGAUGUGAGGAAGAAGAACUGCAGCAUCAUCAUUAAAGACCUCAGGAAGUCAGACUCUGGAUUUUAUCAGUUCAGAGUUGUGAGUACCAAGCCUGCUGGGACGACAAAUGGAUUUAGAUUUGAUAGAAAAGCAACCAUCUCAGUUAAAGAUCUGACCCAGAAGCCCACAGUGACGAUUCCUUCUCUGACUGAGGGACAGAAGACCACACUGAGCUGCACUGCUCCUGGUCUCUGCUCUGGAUCUGUUCCUGAGAUCACCUGGAUGUGGAGAGAAGGAGAGAAUGACUCCCACAUCACAGGAAACAUCUCUGCUGUCAAGACUGACAAUCUAAGACACAGUUCAACUUUAACCUUAACACCCUCAGCUAAGCGCCAUGGCACCGAGAUCACCUGUAAGGUCAACUUCAAAAACAGCAUCUCUACAGAGAAAACAGAGACUCUGAAAGUCACCUAUGUAAAGGAUCCUGUCAUCACGGGGAAAAGCGUUGUUCGAGAGGGUGGUGCUCUAAAUCUGAACUGCAGUGUUGAUAGUUUCCCUCCGUCUGUCGUCACAUGGACUAAACUCAGCUCCAACAAAACCUUGAACACUGAAACUGGAACAGCCGAACUCAUCAUCUCUAACAUGACAGCUGAAGAUUUUGGGAAGUACAUCUGCACAGCAACACAGCAGAUCACUAACCUGACGUCACAUACUGAAGCAAAAGCUGCAAUGAAACCAAGGAUCUUAAACAGCUCUGCAUGUGAGGUUCAGUCAGAGGUCCUGACCUGUGUGUGUAUCAGUCAGGCGUUCCCGUUACCCACCAUCGAAUGGCCGCUGCUGGAGAACCACUCUCAACACUCCUGCACUUCUAGUGUGUCAAAAAACCUGCUCAACACCAGCAUCUCUGUAUCUGUGAAAGAUCACAACUUCGGCCCUGUUGUGUGUGUGAGCAAAAAUAACUUUGGAGAAGUAAGAGAGAAUCUCACGGUCAUCAUAAGAAAUGAGUUUACUAAACAGGAGGACUCAAAUGGUCCUUGUGCAGUGCUCCCCUGGGCUGUUGCUGCUGUAUCUCUCCUUGUGAAUGUUGCCUGUGUAAUCUGCGUGGUGUUUCUUUGGACCAAAAGAAAAGCAGUGAAACCAAACCAGGAGGACAGGACUUACAUGUCCCUGCGGAAAACAGACCGAUCUCCAGAGUAUGAUGUCAUCUGCCAACCUCUGAAUUAAGAGUUAUCUUCCACUGAGUGUCGUGGGAAAGUGUGUUUAUAAAGUCCGGCUGAUCUUUCAAGCAGUGUCUCAAACAUGUAUAAUAUUUAACAGAAUGGUAUUUAAAGUGAGCUGUUAUUACUUUUAGUGUGCCGUUGAUGAACAUAGAUUUAAGCAGAAGUUUACUGUAAAGACUUUUUUCCUUGAUAACAUGUUCAGAUGACUUUUUUUAUGCUUUUGUCUGCGAAGUAUGAAAAUCUUUUACUUGAGUAAAAAGUACAUUUUUGU